UCGGAAGCGGCACGUCCCUGCACGCUGUCCGGCCUGACAGACGGCGGGCGCGAGACGCUCCUCUCCUCCUCAAGGCUGUGUUUGUCCAUCUUGGUCCCCAUUGUCUGCCCGUCAAGGCGAGCCCUCAUUUCGGGCCAUUUGUUCCGCUUCAAAUAACACCUCAAUGGAGUCUCACUGAAGCGUCGCCGCCACCGAGCGCUCCGGUCCGGACGGACGUAUCCGCCGCGGCGGCUCCGCAGGAGAAGCACCUGUGCGGCGGAGCUGAGGGCGACAUGACCCCGGCGACGAGGAGACGCGGCAGCCGGGGGAGGAGGACGUGAAGUGGCCGCGAUUCGGCGUCGCCGCUGGACGACCGCGCAGGACGUUUUCCCCUCGCGUCCGCACUUCCUGUGAGGGGACACUUUGGACCACCUUUUGAUACAUAUUAGACAUUUCCGGGUUUGAACUAAGUGGAAUUAUUAUCCAGAUUAUUAUUGUUGAUUGAACUGGAGAACAUUUUUUGACUGUACUAUAUUUUUCCCCCCAUGAUGAUUAUUGUCUCCGGGACCUAACUUUUAUUGAUGUAAACCUUCUAUCCGUUUUAUUUAUGAUGUGAAUGAAUGGUCCCUCCCACCCAAAAAAGAAAUCCACGUUCCUGAAGUGCUUUCCUAUAGUAGACCAGUACCUUUUAUUGCUACCUGAACCAUCUUUCCACCCGAGCUCCAGGGUCCCACUCCCUCCCCAGCCAGCCCCCGAGGCCCGGCGGUGAGCACCUCCACUUUGCCCGAGAGCUCCGAGGAAGGAGGAAUCGCCAAUUAACAGAGAUCCGGGACGAGACAGGGUGCGGAGGACGCCAUGGGGUGCUGCAGCGGCAGGUGCACCUUGGCCUUCAUCUGUGGCAUGCAGCUGGUCAGCGUCUUCGAGCGUCAGAUCAUCGACUUCCUGGGCUACCAGUGGGCUCCCAUCCUGACCAACUUCCUGCACAUCAUCGUGGUCAUCCUGGGCUUGUUUGGCACCAUCCAGUUCAGACCGCGCUACGUCACCGGGUACGCAGCCUGGCUGGUCAUCUGGAUGACUUGGAAUGUUUUCAUCAUCUGUUUUUACCUGGAGGUCGGCGAGCUGUCCAAGGACUCUGACCUCGUCCUCACCUUCAACCUGUCCAUGCAUCGCUCUUGGUGGAUGGAGAACGGCCCCGGGUGCAGGGUGACCCCCGUCAGCCCUCCUCCCUCUUGGGCACCCGAGGACCACCGAUACAUAUCGAUAGCCGGGUGCCUGAUGGAGUUUCAGUUUGUAGAAGUGGCUCACUCCUCGCUGCAGAUACUUCUGGCUUUGGCGGGCUUCAUCUACGCCUGCUACGUGGUCAAGCUCAUCUCGGAGGAGGAGGACAGCUUCGAUUUUAUAGGCGGAUUCGACUCGUACGGCUACCAGGGGCCUCAGAAGACCUCCCACCUUCAGCUCCAGCCCAUGUACAUGUCAAAAUAAGACUAAGUGCCGCUGCCUUGCCGCUGAUCGACUUCUUAAUUUGUUUUGAACGUUGGCUGAGGAGGACAACAAAAGAUUGAGACGCCCACUUCUUCCUUUCCCUCCUCUGUCGUGUCUAUUGCUGACGGUGCAACGCUGGCCUCUGGUGGUAGGAAGCAGUAACUGCAAGGCAUGGGAACAACCUCCAUUGGCUGGUGGAUUUGAACUGUUUCGUCGUGUUUGCGCAUUAGCGCAUCAUCCAUAUUAGGUUGACUUUUUUGGGGGAACUUUUUUUAGUGCCUGACAGGCUUACGGACACCGAGAGUGCGAGCAACAAAAGAAUGUCAGAUGUCUUCGUUCCCUUCUUCCGGAACGGCUUGGAUUCUGGAUGUGACUGAACACGAUGUACAAAAAUGUGAAUCUUAAUGUUUACAGUCCGAGACAAUGCAACCAGGGGAUAGACGCGUGCUUUUUUUGUGUGCAUGUUCGGGCCUCUGCUAUCGAAAUAAUUUGUCUUCCGCCGAUGAGCGGCAAGCAGAGCGCCGAAGAUCACGAGACAAAACUUCCAUUCGUCACCAAGAAAUCUUCCAAAGUUCCAACACAUUGAUGACAAUCACGAAGCCCGUUCACACUGCCUGGAAAAGCCCGCGGCGUUCGGAACGCGUGAAAAGAAACACGGCUUGGCAUUAUGACGCAUCACAGAGAAGAGUGUUGUUAGCGACCCCGGGAAGAAAAAUGUGCCGUGUAUGUAAAACGAGGCCUCAAAAUUGUGAGAAAUCGAGCCGUUCGGUGCUGUGGGCGUGUCCGCUGAAUGUGCUGAAGCCACGCCCCGCUCAACUGUCAAUCAAACACCAGAGCUCCCGCCUGGAAAAAUGGAUACUACUUUGUCAGCAUCUUUCUUACGCCCGCACGUAACUCCACGUUUGAGCCGCAAAAAUGUAUCCGCUUGAAGCUUCCGCUGGCUGGAUUCGAGUUAUCACAGGGCUUUUCCACCCCGCGACAACGAGGCGCUCGAAAGCGGCCAUACGCCGACUUUAUUUUAUUACCUCGCUCUUCCACCUUCUCUCCCUGUGAUGUGCGCGCUCUCACAGAUAACAACGAGGCACUCUAUAGCCCCUAUAUGAAUAUGAAAUUGACCCUAUUUGGACAUAUCCCCCCCCAACUGUGGCGAUGUACAUUAUCAAGAGCCUGUUUAGACAUUUUUUUUCCCCAAGAAUUGGUUAUUUAAAAUGUAUUUAUUCAUUUCUAUUUUUCUCAUUUAUAUCAUUGAAUAUUUUUUUUAUUUAUUUUAAAUAAAAUAAAAAUUGGAAUAGAUUUAUCAAUUGCUCGGUUAUAAUAAUAUUCAGUAGAAUUAAAGUAUGAGUUAAUUAUAAUUCAACAUUUGGUUGACUAAGUAUGAACACGAUAAUUAAGAUUAAAAUAAAAAAGGAUUUUAAAAAAAAAGUUUAAAUGGGCAUGAAUAGCAUCAGAUAAAUACAUGCUUUUUUUGGGUUGUUGUUUUUUUGCCUAAUUUAGGAAUGACCUAGCCCAUCUGUCAGAUUAAAACAAUCUAGGCUGGCUCUUGAGGACAAACGUUUGCCCUCCACACUGCACACGUUCUCCGAAAACAAUGUACCUGUAAAUGCGUCAUUAUCACGCCAGACGGCCAUCGCGCAUUUUGUUCUGAUGACCGACCACAUUUUCCUCGAGGAAGCAAAAUCGGAUCUCCUGCUUGUUGGACAUUUUUUGACUCUCCGGACCAAACAUUGAAGGCCUUCCUUGUUUGCCAUGUGACUCUUGUGACCACACGGAGGCUUUAAAAAGACUUUGCUCGAAGGAUCCGGUCCUCUCUGGAGGUCACCGUUGAGCACUUGAGAACUUUGUGUGUUUGCAUGAGGUGUCGCCAAGCUCUUUGCAUAUUUACUAUCCUCAUGCCGCUCACGCGUGACUUGCUACUAGUCUACGAGGGACACCGUCCUCAAUGUGAACUUUGUUGUUUUUGUACCAGUAGGAAAUGUCCACCAGGGUAGAUAGUGUAAAAAAAAAAAGAAAAAAAAACUGAAUUGUGACCUUGAACUUGUAGAUGUUUUUUAAAUCACGUUUUUUUUUCUAGUUGACUAAUAAUGUAUGAUGUCGUGGAAAAGUGGCCGUGCGUCUUACUGUGUGUGUGUGGGGGGGGGGUGCUUAUGCAGUGGUGCCUUGAGAUGAGUUUCAUUUGUUCUGUGGCCGUGUUCAUACAAAACUCUCAUCUCAAAUCAUCUCUUCUGUUGAAAAUUACAAUCCGUUCCAGCUUUCCCCCAAAAUCCCAACAAAUAUGUUUGUAUGUGUUUUUUAGUAAGUAAACUAGCACUCUAUCACAUUAUACUUCAUACAAAUAAUAGUAAUAACAUAAAGACUUAAAGAGUUCAUCAUGAUUCAUUAAUUGCGGCUCCUUCUGGCGUGCGCUACUUGACCACUGGGCUUUACUCAACUACUGUAGGUGACUCAGUAAGUAAGAUUAGUCCUUUUUCGCAGAGGUCAAAUACACUUCGGCCGAGCGGCAGCUCGUAUCUUGAAAAACUCGGGUGAGUUGGGUCACUUGUAUCUCAAGGCGCCGCUGUACUUGCACUAGUUUGCUAGGAACGGGCAUCGUUUUCAUUCGCUGCUCGUUAAUUGCCUGGUCAUCUCUUCGAGUGUGCGGUGUGUUAAGAUGGGUCCGUAAACACCGAUAAGCAAAAUUUCCCUCCCUUCUGAUCCAAGUCAGCUCAGGCCCGAUUGUCGGGAGAAAAUACAAUACGUGAUUCGGCGGGGUCAGAAAAUUCUGAGACGCUCCCACCCCUUUAAAAAGAACAUUCCAGAAGUCGUCUUUUCAACCCCCUAACUACGACCGACGUUGAACAUUCGAACGGACGGCUGUGUUCAGUGCUGAUAAAACGUUUGCGUGUGUUGGGAAAGCAGGAGCAGACUAUUUACAGGCUUUACAGCCAGGCUGUCGAUGACAUUUCAGACUUUGAAACGGUCAAUAGAGCUUUUGUGUGGUGUUCCAUGAUUGGACGCGUGUGUGUAGACACACGCAUGCAGCAGGUGUUAAGAACUUGCAGAACGAGCUGGAGUCGCAUUGCUUUUUUUGUGUCAAUAAACAGUCACUUGAGGCUUUUGUACUAAAGGCCAACCCCCAUAUUAUCAUACAGUAAUUAAGUCCCGAAUGAAAAGUGCUUUUUGUAGGGGAAAAAAAAUGAAAUAUACAAAUUUAUUAAAUCAUAGGCAAGUAGCGUUGAAAAAAAAAAAAAAAAAAA